GGAAGUGGGGAUAGGGAACAGGGAUGGGAGCAGUGGAAAGGGAAGGGGAUGGGGACAAGGGACAGGGAUGGGGACAAGGGACAGGGAUGGGGACAGGGGAAAAGGAUGCGGGCAGGGAACAGAGAUGGGGACAAGGAACAGGGACAGCGAUGGGGACAAGGACCCCCAGCCCCGACCUGCUGGGCCCUGCGAGCUGCUGGCAGGAGACAAAGGCAGAGGGAGGCAGCAGGCCCCGGUGGCCCUGUCCCCGCGGGUCCCCGGUGCCGGGGCCGGGGACCGGGACCCUGCGCUGCCGCGGGCGCUCGGCGCUGCUGGCGGCGGCUCGGGGGGCUCCGGGGGCGCCGGGGGGGCUCCGGGCGCAGCCGGGCGGAGCGGCCCCCUCCCCCCCCCGGCCGCCUGCCUUCCUCCCCCUCCUCCUCCUCCUCCUCUCCUCCUCCUCCUCGCCGCCUGCCUCCCUCCCCGCCCCUCGCACUCGGCUCCCCGCGCCUCGCCGCCCGCACAGCCGGUGCCCGGCGGCGCACGGCGGCCAGCAGCAGCCCGGGGCGGGGGCCGGGGCCGGGGCCCCUCGCGGUGCCGGUGCCGGUGCCGGUGCCGGUGCCGGAGCUGUCCGGUGCUGAAGGCGCCGGCCCGGCCCCGCCAUGCCCCGCUCCUUCCUGGUCAAGAAGAUCAAGGCGGACGCCUGCCCGGCCGCCGGGGGCCCCGCGCCCAGCUACGCCCCCCUGGAGCCCCCCUACGCGCUGCCCGGCCCCGCCGCCGGCGAUGGGUACAUCCCGCACUGCCUGGCGCCCGCCGGCUACGCCGCCGACAAGAAGCAGGGCCUCGCGCUGCCGCCGGCCGAGCCGGCCUACGCGCCGGCCCACGAGGAGUACGGCGACCCCGAGAGCCCCCGGUCCAGCUUCUCCGCCCGCUACUUCCGCGGCGAGGCGGCGGUGACGGACAGCUACUCCAUGGACGCCUUCUUCAUCACGGACGGGCGGUCGCGGCGGCGCAGCGAGAGCCAGCGCCGCGGCAGCCACCGCCACUCCUGCCCCGAGUGCGGCAAGACCUACGCCACCUCCUCCAACCUCAGCCGGCACAAGCAGACGCACCGCAGCCUGGACAGCAAGAUGGCCAGGAAGUGCCCCACGUGCGGCAAAGCCUACGUCUCCAUGCCCGCCCUGGCCAUGCACGUGCUCACCCACAACCUCAAGCACAAGUGCGACGUGUGCGGCAAGGCCUUCAGCCGGCCCUGGCUGCUGCAGGGCCACAUGCGCUCGCACACGGGCGAGAAGCCCUUCGGCUGCGCCCACUGCGGCAAGGCCUUCGCCGACCGCUCCAACCUGCGCGCCCACAUGCAGACCCACUCCGCCUUCAAGCACUACAAGUGCAAGCAGUGCGAGAAGACCUUCGCCCUCAAGUCGUACCUCAACAAGCACUGCGAGGCCGCCUGCUUCCGCGGCCCCGAGCACAGCUGCGCCGCGGGCAACUAGCCCCGCGGCCCCCGCGCUCGGGGCCUCCGCAGCCGGGCACCCUCCUCCACCCCGGGACCCCCUUCCGGACCCGGCAGGGACCCCCCUCCCCUCGACUCCUGACGUUCCGCGCGUAUUUAUUUAAUUUAUUACUACUAUUUAUUUAGAGCUGCUGCUUCUCCUCCCGGGAACUGCCGGGGGCAAAAGACACCCGCCUGCUCCCUCCGGGGCAAAGCCUCCAUCAAAGCCCCGACGGGACCAUAGGGCUGGGGGGGCGACAAGGCAACGGGGGUCGGGGACGUGAGCCCGGCGCUGACCCCCCAGCCCGUCCUGCCCUGCGGGGCGGAGAGCAAAGCUCCCCGGCCAUGGGGGGGGGGGGCUCGCACCCCCCACCCCCGGGGUCCUGCCGAGCCCCCCCAGCUCCCCCUGCCCGGCACGGCGCCGCGUCCCCCAACGUGCCAGCGGCCGGAGCCGGGGGGAGCAGGAGUGGCAGGGCCCCUCCAGCCCCCGCGGGACAUGGGCCCCCCUGGGACGCGGCCAGGGCCAGGCCACGGGCAGGACCCUCGCCCAAGCUGGCCGGGGGCCAUUGCUCAGCCCCCCCCGGCCGGAGAUGCCGCCAGCAGCGAGGCGACGGCCGCGCAGGAGCAGGGGUCGGCGUCGCUGCAACGUCCGGGUGAGUCUAUUUAUUUGUUCUUAUUUAUAUUAUUUAUAAUUUAAGCUUCUCACUAUUUAUUCGCCAAGCGCGGCUUGGCCGUGCCGGCGCCGGCGGCUCUCCCGCGCGGCUCGCGGGGCCUGGCAGGGGUGACAGCCACCGGGGAGCGGAGGCGCGAGCAGCCGGGUGGCCGUGCCGAGCGGCCCUGACUCUGUGCGCCGCAAGCCUCAAGCAAAAGCCAAGCUGUUCUUCGUCUUCCGCGACGCUGCCGAGUCUUCCUCUUCCUCCCGCCCCGGCGCCGGCCCGGGCAGGGAGCACAGCAGUGUUUCUAUGCAAGCCCCGGCGGAGAGCACCCUCGGCCGCCCCGCGGCUCCCGGAGCCGCGCUGCCAGCGCCUCCUCCUCCUCCUCCUACCUCGGACCACCAGCUGCCACCACCAUCAGGCACAGACCUCGCUGCACCGUCUUCCUCCCUGCAGCCUUCCUCCCCGCAGUCUUCCUCCCCAUCCCGCUGGCAGCCGCGUGCUCCCACGCGGCUCGACGCCUCCCGCACGCCCCGGGCCGCGAUGCUGCCUGCCGCUCCGCGAGCAUCCGCCACGCGGGCACGAGCCUUGACGCUCGCCGCGGCCCCGCGCCGUGUUCCUACUGUAAAUAGCCGAUACUACAGCAAUAAUUUUCCGUGCAUGAUUGAUCUUUUUCUGCCAGGGUUUUGUAUUUGACAGAUCACGGCGAGACGAGGCUGCUGCGAAGCGGCCGCCGGCAGUAUUACUUGUAAUGUGAUUCAGGGAUAUAAAAGGGACUUCUGCCACUA